AUGGUUGGUAAUGUUAUAUUGAUAAUAUUUAUUUGUUUCACUAUUAAUUCAAUCGCAAUUGGUCAUUUUAUGCGACAAAAUGAUAUCGAUGAUGUUUUCAACUCUAGAAUUAAACCUUAUUUGAAGGAUUUAAAAUUUGAUAAUAUAACAUAUUAUUCGUAUCAUAUUCAUGUAUAUUUUUUACAAAACGAUUCUAAACAACGAAAUGAAGCUAAUCAAUUACGAAAUCAAUUUCUUGCUAAAUUUAAUGUUAGCAACUGUAAUGAUCAUUGUGAAACAUGGUGCCCUCGAAUUUGUCAUUGGAAUUUAAAUAUGUCACCCGUUGGGCCACAUCCUAUUGGUUCAUGGGGUGUCUAUAUACCACUUGAACAAUUCACACAAACAAUUUCAUUUAUAUCAACGUAUCAUGGUAAUCUAACUGUUUUGAUACAUCCAAAUUCAGGUCGUCCUAAAAUUGAUCAUCUUAUCAAUGGCCUUUGGAUCAAAUCUAUCUUACGACUUAAUGAGAAACAAUUGAGUGACAGUGCACCUCCACCAUCUUAUCGAAUAAGAAAUUAA